UUACUUAACUUUACUUUACAAACUAUAAGUGUCAUCUUUAUUGACAUUGAAAAUGGCAACAAGAAAUAAACAAUCAAGAUUACAAAUUGAAAUAGAUAAAUGUAGGGUUGAAGGCUCGUGGGCAAAAGUACAAGAGUUGGUAAAACAGCUAAACUCGAAGACUAGCGGCAUCGGUAAUGGAAAUGAUCUCUAUGUGCACUUUAUAAUGGGUGAAAGUAUCUUGGAAGUAUAUUGCAAAGAUCACCCUAUCAGUACCCAGAGUGCUGGCAAUGAUCCUGUGCUGUCUGAAGCUGAAAAACACCUGAGGAUCUGUAUUAAUGACAAAGAAAAUGUGUUCAGUGAAUCCACUGAAGCCAGUCUGUUGCAAGCAAAGAUCCACUUCUACAGGUGCGCAUACCAGUCCGCGCUAACCUUGUACGAAAGCACCAAUCUGGAAUCAAUAACUGUGCAGUCAUCAUCCCCAAGGACGCUCCAUAUCCAAGCCGAAGCCUUUGCUCUUAAAGGUCUCUGUCUAGAGAAGCUUCCGGCCAAUUCGACCAGCAAGUACAAGGCAGCUGAACGGGAACAGAACAUUGUUGCAUGUUUUGAAAGGGCCGGCAAUCUUAGUCUGCUACAUCUGCAGGAGAAAGAGAAGUUUCUUCAUUCUUCUGGCACUCUGCCAACGACUGACGUGUUUAUUGGCAAUGUGGGGGACGUUUUGGAGACAGCCAUACAGCGGUCUCCCAUAUACUACAUCAAGCAUGGGGAGCUGGAGGAAGGCAUUAAGAGGUUUCGAGACUUGCUUUCGGCUGUGGAAACAAGAUACACGCAGCAUCUGAGACUGACACUGGCAAGACAACUGGCGGAGGUGUUACUACGAGGGGUCUGUACGAGCUCAUACGUCCCGCCAAAUGUGAAGCCACAGAAAGACAGAGGGUCCCUCACACCCAAGAAAUACAAUCAAGACAAGGUGUUCACUCCACACAGCCAGACAGAGGAGACACUGCUGUUGUUGCUGAUAGCAGAGGCAGUGGCAACACGAGAGGCCAUCUUGAAUCGUACCGUUGAGCAUUACGAGAGUCGCAAACACACGUUCCAAAAUGCCUCUGCUGUAUUUGAUCUGCUCGCCAUCACACUCGUGAAGAAGGCACACUUCCACAAACUGGCUGACACAUUGGAGAGAGCGAUGAAGUUUUCGUUUGAAGAGUACCACAUAUGGCAGCAGUUUGCAAAUGCCUUGAUUUGUGAUAGACAGUAUGAAAAGAGUCUGCAGGUGUUGACAGAGUGUCACCGACUGAAGCCCGGCCUGGUCACCCCCAUCUUACAGGCAGUCAAAUUAUGCUAUGAACAUGUUCGCAAGUAUGAUCAAGGCAUAACCCUGUCCAAGGUCGCUCUAGAGGCCGGUGACGGUCACCCGAUGGCAUCCCGCGCCUACAUAGCCCUGGGCGUGGGGUACAGUCUGAAGGCGUCGGAGAUGAAACUGAAGGCUGACCGGCACUACCUGCAUAACAAGGCACUGAAGGCCUUCGAAAAGGCUCAUAUUCUGGAUCCAAAUGACUACCUGUCCCUGUUUCAUCUUGCCCUUCAGAUGGCUGUUCUGAGACAGAUAGAGGAUGCGGUGAAGUACACAAAGCUGGCCCUGAAGUACAACGCAGACCACGUUCACUCCCUACACCUUCUGGUGCUGUUACUUACAGCCCAGAAUCAGCACCAAGAUGCCAUGGACCUUGUCAACGCUGCCUACGAGUACCCAGAUAACAUCAGUCUGCAGUUCACCAAGUCUAAGAUAGAGGAGGUUCUGUAUGGCCCCGAGGUGGCCCUGAGUACCUGUCAGAAGAUCAUGACCCUGUGGAAACAGCUGCAUGAGACACACUGUGACAUAGAAGAUUCGCUCAGUAACGUGAAGCUGAAAGUUGGCGCCCUGAUGGUCACAGAGAAAUCUACGGAUAGGUCGGCCUUUGACAGGAAAAGUCAGGCAUUCCUGCAACUGAACGAGUUUGUGGACCGUGAAGGUUCAAUGCGGGCGGAGUCACUGGCCGUGUCCCGUAUAGAGCAAACGCUGUCUGACCUUGCGACCUCUAGCAUCGAGGAGAGGGGGGCGGGGCAUAGCAACCAGGAGACCCACUCCCUUAAACUGCAGGCACAGAUCUGGAUGAACCUUAGUGAGCUGUACCUGUCCCUGGACAAAGUGGAGGAGGCGGAGUCAUGUAUACGGGAAACUGCUGCACUCUUCCCUCUCUCUCACCAAGUCGCAUAUAUGAGAGGACGUAUCCUGGAACACAAAAGUAGGUUUAAGGAGGCCAAGGAGAAAUAUGAAAGUGCAAUAUCUCUUAACCCCUUCCAUACGAAGAGCUUACAACACCUGGGAAUGGUGCUGCAUUACCUUGAUAACAACAAGAUGGCAGAAAAAGUGCUCCGAGAUGCAGUCAAUAUUGAUCCUACUUCCAAUAAAUCAUGGUACAGCCUUGGGGUCGUGUUGGAGGCGCUAGGUCAACCCGAGGCAGCUGUGACCUGUCAGAUGACAGCACUCGACCUUGAGUCAUCCAGUCCCGUACAACCCUUCACUGUCAUACCGAGAUUCCUUCACUAGACAGGAAGGUUUAAUGAGACAUUGAACAAAUAAUGGAGAUUAUUCACAGAAAUGCUUCUGGAACUUUGAAUUGUGGUGUUAUUCAUUAUCAUUAGAACUUUGAAGAAUUUCCUUUUUGUUUAAAGUGAAGUUUAAGAAUGAGCGUACUUUAAUGGAAUUUCAAACACAUUUGUUUUAAAUAAUUUUUUAGUUGAAAAGUUUUGCGUUAAAACGUUGUUUCAGCUAAAUCUAGCAUUAACUUAAUUGGUGUAUGUUAUUAUUUUCCUGUACAUUAAUUCUUUUCUAGUUCCUCCGUGUCACCUCAUUAUAAAUGGGCAUUAUAAAUUAAUUGAUGCAUCAUGCUCUUAAAGUGUAUGCACAACAUAUAAAUGAUGUUUAUUCUUUUUGAAAAAUAUUGUUCGAGUACUGGAAUGAAGCAAAAAUCAUUUUAAAACAAAAUUAAGUUUAAAGUAGGAAACUUCUGAUGUGCUCAAGUUUUGGUAUUACACUGGGUUUUCAUAAUGAAAUACAUGCACAUAUUUGUAUAUUGCUAUUAAUAUACAUAUUUGUAUGCUGCUAUUUAUUUAAUGUAAAUGUGUUUUUUUUACUAUUAUAAUUGUAUAUUGUAUUAUAUUAAGAAAUUAUGACUCAGUAACAGUUGUAAAGGUGUACAGGUAAUAACUAUAACUCAAACACUGUUAUUCAAAAGUGUGAUAUGUUAAAUGAGUGCAAUCAUUUGUAUGUAUUGUUUUAACAUGUAAUAAAAUUACACAUUUUGAAUCCAACUGUUUAACAACCUAUUCAUGAUAAAGAAACAUAACUCACUACGUUGCUAUUCUGUGGAAGGUUUCAUUUAAAGCUUCAUGAAAUCUAUGCAAAUAUGGAAAAGUCCAACAUUCAUUACUGGCCACAAAAUCUGAUAAUCUUGCCAAUCUUAUUACUGGCCCAAAGCUAAUCAAAUACAAGGAUUAAUUAUAUACCUGUGCAAAAUGUUAAAUACAAGUUUAAACAAGUAAAUUCGUUGAAUUGAUAUCCCCCUCCAAAUAAAUUUUGUUUAUGGAUGGAUACACAGUAUAAUCCUUAAAAAUAAUCUUAAAUAAUUUCUGAGAUAUAGCCUUUAAAAGUUUGUGACAGACGGACAUACAAACGGACAAUGCUAAAACUAUGGUGGGGGAUAAAAAACACAAGAAAAAUCUGUAAGAAAGACAUUUGGUGUAUAUCCUGACUUUGAAAUGAAGAUAGAAAAUGUAUGUUUAUAAAUUAUUAAAUUGAAGAUUUAACUAUA